AACCGUUCCAUCACAGAGCAAGAAGAAGAAGAAAGCUUCAGAUCCAUCGUCAAUGGCAGCUCGAACCUCAGCCGGUCCAGUCAACCGCCGGAUCGGCCUCCCCGCUCGCUAGAUCCCGUCGGAGAACCUCCGGCUUCGAGCUCAAGGCCCUCAUCGGAGACCUCAAUCCCGUACCGCAUCCUUCGAAUCUCGAGUCGUCCGAAGUUCCGAGGAAACCAGAGAGAGAGGGAAUGGAGCCGGACAAUGGAGAGGAGGCGGAGACGGCGGCGAUGGCGAGCCUCCUCCUCCCGCUCGCCUCCGCCGCGCAGCAGCCGUACGUCUCCGAGCUCCUCUCCUUCACUCUCGACCGCCUCCACAAGGAACCGGAGCUGCUCCGGGUGGAUGCGGAGAGGAUCCAGAGGCAGAUGCAAGAGGUCGCGGUCGGUAAUUACAGAGCCUUCAUCGCGGCCGCCGACGCGUUGCUCGCGAUCCGGGAAGAAGUUUCUGCCAUCGAUAAGCAUCUCGAGUCUCUCAUAAGUGAGAUACCGAAGCUCACUUCCGGUUGCACUGAAUUUGUUGAAUCUGGUGAACAAAUUUUGGAGAAGAGGAAGAUGAAUCAGACUUUGCUUGCCAAUCACAGUACAUUGCUUGACUUGCUCGAAAUUCCUCAACUCAUGGACACAUGUGUGAGGAAUGGAAACUAUGACGAAGCUCUUGAUUUAGAAGCAUUUGUCUGCAAACUUUCGACAAUGCACCCCAAAUUACCAGUGAUUCAAUCAUUGGCAGCCGAGGUUAAGCAAACCACUCAGUCUCUUCUUUCUCAGCUCCUUCUGAAACUCAAGUCAAAUAUUCAGUUGCCCGAAUGCCUCCGGAUUAUUGGAUAUCUACGCCGAAUAGGAGUUUUUAGCGAAUAUGAAAUGCGGUUGCAGUUCUUACGAUGUAGAGAGGCUUGGCUUACUGGGAUUCUCGAGGACUUGGACCAGAGAAGCCCUUAUGAGUACUUGAAAGGCAUGAUAAACUGUCAUAGGAUGCAUCUUUUUGAUGUUGUUAAUCAAUAUCGGGCAAUAUUUGCUGAUGAUACGUCAGGAAGUGAAGAAAACUACGACGGUGGCCUCCUUUUUAACUGGGCAAUGCAUCAGAUUACCUCACAUCUCAAAACUCUGAAAGUCAUGCUACCCAAAAUAACUGAAGGAGGGUCUUUAUCGAAUAUAUUGGAUCAAUGCAUGUACUGUGCUAUGGGCCUUGGCUGGGUUGGGCUCGACUUUCGAGGAUUGCUUCCAUCACUGUUUGAAGAGGCGGUUCUUAAUCUGUUCUCAAAAAAUAUGAGUACCGCAGUCGAAAAUUUUCAGUUGGUCCUGAAUUCGCAUCGUUGGGUUCCUCUACCAGCUGUUGGUUUUUCAGCCAACAGUGUCACGGAAGAAAGUCAAGAGGAUGUCACUCCUCCAUCUCAUCUGAUGGAACAUCCACCUCUUGCUGUAUUUGUCAAUGGUGUAUCUGUGGCAAUGAACGAACUACGCCCUUGUGCCCCGAUUAGCUUGAAGCAUAUCAUCGCUCAAGAAUUAAUUAAGGGAUUGCGAGAAGUAGCCGAGUCUCUAUUAAGAUAUAAUGCAACUCAGAUACUGAGAGAAAACGAAUCUGGCCUUUUUCUUUCCCUUUGCCGAGCAUUUAUCGAGGUUGUUUAUCCGCAUUGUGCCACUUGCUUUGGGCGAUGUUAUCCCGGUGGAGCGGCUCUCGUCAUGGAUGCGAAAGGUUUAUAUGAUGGACUCAGCCGACUGUUAACGGUUUCUCCUUCAGUAGAAGUACCCAAAACCUCGACACCGGUCGUAGAAAAGACCAUAUCUGCGAAUGGUGAGUUACCCAUUCUAGAGAAUGGAAGUCCUCCACACUCCGAGGAGGCCCGGUCUAGCAAUGUGGACGAAACAGAAAAGCCAACUUCGGAGGCUGAUCCAAAAGAUGAAUGAAUAGAUUGAGAUCCGAGUCUCAUCAAAAAAAGGCACCUGUCGUUUUUGCAGUUCUAUAUUCUUUCCAUUAUUUCAAUAUGGGUCUCAUCAUUUAUGUGUGGUCAUAGAAUUAGACUGUUCAUAUGUAUUCAAAGCUUCUCUUUUUGCCAUUAUAGAAGAAAUGUAACAUGAGAGGAGAUCGCCUUGUAGUGAACAUGCAGUAAGUGCAGGGGAUUAUACUUACAGGCAAUCCAUGGAUUCCGUCUAGCCAUAA